AUGAAUCCGAUCCUCACUGACAGUGGUCAGCUCGCACCUUCCGGGCGGAUUGCGUGCGGCUCGUCGGUGAGGGCACCGGCGGGCGAACGACAGCACAUGCAUGGCAUCCACCGAUUGUGUCACCUUCCUGCGUGUGUCACAUGUGUGCAGGCAGUGCUCGUCAGAUCUCUCACCGCAUUCAUUGCCGCCAGACAGAGCCGUGAGAAAGGCACCCACACACACAUGCAGCACGGUGGACACACCGGAUGACGCUGCGCCUCAUUCUUGGCGUGUCAGAUCUGGUGUCGGGGUCAGUGGGCGUGUGUGCGCGUGCGCGUGCCGACACGACACAGAGAGGUCGGCCUGCGCACAUGAGCACACCCGUGGCCAAGCCUGCGGCCAUCCUUGUGUCAUCUCACGCCAUCAGGUGCCUUAGUGGUUUGUGUGGCGGGGCAUCAUUGCGUUCCGUGACGGCCUGACUGCCAUUCUAUUGCUCGCCCUCAGGCACACCAGGUGUGGAUGCACACAGAGAUGAGACAGACAGACAGACAGCCUCACACACACACACACACCUGUUCGCCUGCGGCAUCUGCCUGGAAGGCGCAACGGAGCCGGUCGUCACGCGAUGCGGACACCUGGUAAGGGAGAGAGAGAGACCACGAUGGACGGACGAGGCACCACACAGGAAUAUGGGUGUGUGUGCCAUGUAGUAUUGCUGGGCGUGUCUGCACGAGUGGCUGGUCGGCGGCAAAAAGGAGUGUCCCAUGUGCAAGGCGGCCGUGACGGUCGACAGCCUCAUACCGCUGUAUACGACAGGAGGCGAUGAGCAGGACCCCAGGUACAUAAUCCAUCAAAGAUACUCAUUGCACAAACCGAUAUGGUCACCUCGCGCUCUCUCUCUCUCUCUCUCUCUCUCUCCCUCUUGCGUGCUGGCUGGCUGGCUGGCUGGCUGGCUGCAUACAAUCAGGCUGCGUGGGAUUCCCCAGCGGCCGACAGCCGAGCGGACGCCGAACAGCCAUAGGUGUGCAACCCGAGCAAACCGACCAUUCACGAUGAAUGCAUUCGCUCACGUGUCGGUGUGUGUGUGUCAGUGUGGCCAACAGCGGCGGUGCGCCGGUGAGGACCUCAGCUGCCGGCACAGCUGGACCGCAGCCGAGCGGCACGCAGCAGCAGCAGCAGCAGGUCACCAACCCCACCACCACAGCACAGCAGGCCAGGGAAAAAUGAGCAGGGACAAGAUAUACACACCUCGCCAUCUGUCUGGCUUAUUUGCCCCCUUUGCAGCGACAAUGACGGCUUCACUCUGAUGUCAUCUGGUGUGCGGUAUCGCAUCGUCACCGAGGGCACCGGCAGAGUGACGACGCUCAACGACCGCGUCAAGUUCGACGGCAUUGCGUGGGGUGAUGCAUUCGACGGCCAGGACAAACGCAUCGAUCGCCGUGGGGAAGUGUGCUGUGUGACUGAUACGGUUGGGUGGCUGCGUGAGGCGGUGCUGUCGAUGCGGGGUGAAGAGGUCAGGCGAGUCAUGCUGCCACCCGGAUGGUAUGCACCUUACCGCCAGCUGCAUUUGGUCAGCAUACUAGAGUAGGACAGAGUGCACAAAGUCACGUGUGGGCGUCUCUGUGGGUCACACACUCAUGCGUGCGACAGGGGGCUUCUCCCUCUUUGCCUGGCUGCCUGCGUGCCUCGGCUUUGAGGGAAGGAUUGAGUGUGUCAUGCAUGAGUUUUGGUGCAAUGUCGCCGUACUCGGGGGCGAUUUUAUCACCGAGUCAGUCAGUGUUUGUGUGCGUGUCGCAUCUUUUCUCCCAUCACUGCAUCCUGCCUGCCUGACUGCCAUGAGUGUGCCCGGGAAAUAUGCUGGGAUAUUUGUCGGUGGGCAGGUGCGUCGUGUGUCUGAUACAUUUGUGGGAGGGUGGGCGGUGGUGUGAGGCGUUGUGCUGUCAAUGCGGGAGGGGGAAGUCAGGCAAAUCAUCAAGCCAGCCGGAUAUUAUCCCGUUCGCUACGCUCAGCUGCGGUUGACCAGCAUUGAGUAGGAGCGAGUCCACACACACCCGUGGGCGGCUGUGUGCGUCACACACUCACGUGUGUGGCCUGGCCGGGGGCUCUUCCAUCGUCACACGGCUGACUGCGGGGGUCUGUGUGUCUUGGCUUUGAGCGAAAGAGUGAGUGUGUUGUCGGUUUGCAAGCCGCCCCGCCCUCAUGUGGCAGUUUUUGCGUGCUUGCGUGUGUGCGUUUCCUUCUCACGCAGAGAGAGCGACAGAGUUUUUCCUGCAUGAGAGUGACGGUGCGUUGGUUGACUGGGGUUAUUGUGGCUGUGUGUGCUGUCCGUCGGCCGGCCGUGUGCGAUCCGCACUGCAUGCAAACACACUGGCCGGACAGAGACCGGUUCUCCCCUUCUGUGUGUGGUGGCAAGAUGGCUCUUCCCGCGCUGCCUGGCUGCCUUUGUGUUUUUUGUGUGUGUGCUCUGCCUUUGUGUUUUGGUGUGUGUGCUCGCUUUGAUUGGACACCGUGUGUGUGGUGGGGGUGGGGGGGAACACCGAGAUGCGGCCAAUCAAUCAGACAGACAGACACAAAACAUUUUUACCUCGCCGCUGCCUGUCUGUGUGUGUAAGUGCGUCUGUUUGUGUGUGUGUGUGUGGUGUCCACUCUCUCUCUCCCCCAUGUCUACUUUCCGUGUGUGGUGGGCCGUGCGACCCGGUCCCAUGUUGCUGUAUGCUUUGACUACGUCUCGCUGUCUGCCACGUGUUCAUUGAGUGGCACCCCGUCUCGGUGAACGGUCGGCAGACACCGAUGGGUGACAAGGAGCAUACGCUUUGGGUGGAUGGAGUGAGAGGUGAGGGUGCUGCUGCUGCUGGUGAUGAAUCAAUGGGUGUGACAGUGGGCAAGGACCGCGGAUGCUUGACUGGAUUGCGUAACACUGUUCGAGAACCACCAUCCAUCCGGUGCGUUUUAAGUCGUGCAGUGGGAGGCUGGGUGACGAUGGAUGGAUGGAUGACAUUGCGUCCGUCGCUCGACAGGCGCCAACAUGCAUUCACUCUGCCUAGCUGCCACAUUGCAUUGUAUAUACGCCCGUCUUGGCCUGUUCGUGUCGGCCAAGCACAUGGAUGGCCGGCAGUGAGCACACAGCACCGCUCCGCACCACGUGUCGGUGCGGGCAGGUCUGUAGUGUCUGUCUGUCUGUCUGUCUGUCCACGGUUUUUCGUCUAUCGGCCACGAAUGAGGCCGUCCGUUCGUCUCACGACAGACCAACAAGCUUCGUUGGAUGCACUGCACCAGCGGCAGGCCGUUUGUGUGCAUUCAGGUAUGUAAUCUACGCACGAGUGUUGG